AUGAGGUGCACCUUCCAAAGGGUAGAGGCACUGAAAGGAGCUCAUUUGGUGCAGGUCCUCUGGCAUGAUGGUGCAGAAUCGCUCUACCCAGCUGUAUGGCUGAGAGACAACUGCCAGUGCUCUGACUGCUACCUGGAUUCUGCAAAAGCCCGGAAACUUCUCAUCGAAGGUCUGGAUGUAAACAUUAGAAUUAAAGAUCUGACUUUUGACAGAAAAAAGGUGUACAUCACAUGGCCAGAUGAGCACUGCAGCGAAUUUGAAGCUGAUUGGCUGAAGAAAAGAUGCUUUUCCCAGCAGGCCAGAGCCACACUCCAAAAAGAAUUGUUUUUGCCAGAAUGUCAUUACUGGGGCUCAGAAUUCCAGCUACCUACUCUGGAUUUUGAAGAUGUUUUAAACAAUGAUGAACAUGCAUACAAGUGGCUCUCCACCCUCAAGAAAGUAGGCAUAGUGCGACUCACUGGAGCAUCUGACAAACGAGGAGAAGUUUUAAAACUAGGGAAAAGGAUUGGUUUCCUUUAUCUCACAUUCUAUGGACAUACUUGGCAAGUGCAAGACAAAAUCGAUGCAAACAAUGUGGCUUAUACAACUGGGAAGUUAAGCUUUCACACUGAUUAUCCAGCCCUUCAUCAUCCACCUGGGGUUCAGUUUCUGCACUGCAUAAAGCAAACAGUCACUGGAGGUGAUUCAGAAAUUGUAGAUGGGUUCAAUGUAUGCCGAAAGCUCAAGGAAAAAAACCCUCAGGCAUUCCAGAUUUUGUCCUCCACCUUUGUGGACUUCACAGACAUUGGAGUCGAUUAUUGUGAUUUCUCCGUACAAUCUAAGCACAAAAUUAUAGAGUUAGAUGAUAAAGGCCAAGUGGUUCGCAUCAACUUCAAUAAUGCUACCAGAGACACGAUAUUUGAUGUACCUGUUGAAAGAGUUCAGCCAUUUUAUGCUGCUCUGAAGGAGUUUGUUGAUCUCAUGAACUCCAAAGAAUUCAAGUUCACCUUCAAGAUGAAUCCAGGUGAUGUGAUUACUUUUGAUAAUUGGCGCUUACUUCACGGCCGACGGAGCUAUGAAGCUGGAACAGAGAUAUCCCGCCAUCUAGAAGGAGCUUAUGCGGACUGGGAUGUGGUGAUGUCAAGGCUUCGUAUCUUAAGACAGAGUGUCGAAAAUGGAAACUGAAUCUCCUGUCUAUAAUUUUAGGAAGAUUGCACCUGGUAUAUUUAGUAAGAUAGGGCAAGUUUAUUUGGGUCCA